UGUCACGAUUUGCGACUGGCGUAUUAAACGUUUAACUAGAAAACGAACCAAACGUUUUAACUGAAAAUGAAGCUCCUCACGCACAACAUGAUGACCUCAAAAUGUAUCAAAGGUGUAAACGUGGGUUUCCCUCUUGGAAUCGUUGCGAAAGAAACAAAAGAGGUGUCGGUAGACUUCAACCCAGAGUUCGUAAGCCGUAUGAUACCGAAACUGGACUGGGAUGCUCUGUACCAAGCAGCAGAAACUCUUGGAUGCGCUGAUGGCAUCCCCAAAGCGCUGUCUGCAAGCUACGAGCAAGACCAAGAUUUCCUUAAACGCGCACACCACAUUCUGUUCGAGGUUGAAGUGGUCACCGGUGAGCUUGUGUGUCCAGAAACCGGACGGAAAUUUCCCAUCACCAACGGGAUUCCAAACAUGUUGCUGAAUGAAGAUGAAGUUUAAGGACAUUUAAGGUUUGUUGCAUUGUUGACUAAGGUAUUUAUGUCAUUGUUAUCAGGACCACCAUGUCUCAUUUGUGUAAAUAAAUGUUCAAGAAUAUGAAGACUCGCA